AUGGACAACAAAGACACAUAUUUGCUGAACUUUAAAGGCUAUAAUUUUGAAUCUUCUUUCGUUGAUGCUGACUUUCUAGAAAAUCUAGAUGAUUUUGAAAUUAGAGAUGAUGAUGUCUUCAUAAUUACAUAUCCAAAAUCUGGACAACCAAGAAUUGUUAAAAUUGUUUUCCUAUACCCCCUGCAGAUUAUUUACGUCUGCAGAAACCCCAAGGAUGUUAUGACUUCAUUCUUUCAUUUUUCAAAUGUGGUGGUCCGUCUUGAACCUGGGAAUGAUAUGGAACAUUUCAUGAAAAGGUUUCUAGAUGGAAAUGUGGUAGGAAGCCGUUGGUUUGAUCACAUCAGAGGCUGGUAUGAGCACAGACAUGACUUCAGUAUUCUGUUUAUGAUGUAUGAGGAAAUGAAAAAGGUACCGUUGGAGACUGGAAACAUCACUUGACAGUGGAGCAAAAUGAAAGAUUUGACAAAAUAUUCCAAAGGAAUAUGAAAGAUUUGCCUUUGAAGUUCAUCUGGGAUUUAAAUGGAGAGUAAAAUCAGUGUAGAAGAAUUCUAAAAAAAUCUACUAACCAGAGAGGCUAUUUUAAUAUACACAUUAAUUUGUGCUUCUUAUGCAAAUGUUAAUUAUAAAACUUCAAUAAUAAAAAAUGAGUAAACUCUACUUAGAUUAGUUGCCAGGUGUUUGAUAAGCACUUUGAAAUUUCAAAAAUUAAAAUCAUUUACUAGAUAGUCUGCAUUGAUAACCUGUAUUAUAAAUUGAAAAACAGGAAGCAUGUAAUAAGGAAUUAUAAAUGUUCUGAGUUUUCCUUAGUGUGUAUUUUUUCUUUACCUACAAUUAAAUUGAGUAUCAAUGAAACAUUAAACUUAAUUAUUAUAAUUCAACAUUAA